AUGCUCUCGGUUGAUAAAAUCACUUCCUUGCUGCCAUUUGCGCGCAACAAAUCAUCGCGAGAGCUUCUCAUGCGCAUGUACCUCAUGCAAUACAUCGAGCCCCCGGUCAUUCCAAACGUUAUCUUUUGUCUCGACGCGCACCCGCACGCUAAUGCUCUGCUUGACUUUCGCUUUGACGUUACGGGCAUAAAGAAAAUGGGGUACCUGCUCGGAAUUCCAGCCACCAUCAUAACGCCCGCUGGAUCACGCAUUUGCCGAGACGAGGCCAUGUGCAUUUUGUUGAGUCGGCUGACGUUUCCACGCCACUACCACGGCAUGGCUUUGAUGUUUGGUCGCUCUCGGGCGCAACUGGGUGAUGUGUUUCUCUACUUGGUUCACGACAUUUACGAUCGGUGGGACCCAAUUGUGUUCUUGAACCGUGGACUACUUCGCUCUCGCAUGACUCGCUACUGCGCUGCAAUCGCAAGGAAAGGAUCACCGUUAGACUGUGUCUUUGGCUUUAUUAAUGGGACCAAG